GGUUCAGUUAGCCGAACCAAAACAAAAUCUGCAAACACAAUAGGACUACCCUACUUCACUCGUUCCCCUGUACACCCCAAGCGGAAAUCUUCGAAACUCAGUAAACCUCCAUAAGUGAAGCAGACAUCUUUCUACACCGGCUGAAACUGCUAAGCAACCUAAAUCCCCUGGAAGAUCUACUCCCGCGCUCUCUCUCUGUUCCUCCAGGCCGUUUCUUAGCGAUGACUGAUCAAGGCACUGUGGUGACUCAAUCCUCAACUGCCAUGGAUUAUGAAUCUGCCGAUCAUAAAAUCGGUGGUUCAAAUACUUCUGAAUUGGAGAACAAUGUAGUUCCUGAAACCUCUGUAGAAUAUUCAGCAACACAUACUAGUAUUGGAGAUCCGGUUACAUCUGCGCCACAUGAGGAUAGAAGUUCUGAUGUAGGUGCGGCUAAUUUUACAGACUCUGCUCAGCAGGAAAUCCCUACUGUCACUGGACAAGUAGAUGCAUCUCAAGCUACCUCAUAUACUACUUCUAUAAAUGGAAAUAAUAGCGAAGUGAGAGAUGCAGUAUUCACCAGUGUAAUAGAAAAUGGAAUACAAUCAGACAGUAUUCAUGAUUCCACCACAAUGCAUCAGCUAGUAGAUGAUUCCGCAAUAUCUCAUGAGGAGGACCGAUUAUGGAGCAUUGUGAGAACAAAUUCUCUAGAUUUUGGUGCCUGGACUGCCCUUAUAGAGGAAACUGAGAAAGUAUCAGAGGGCAACAUUGUGAAGAUUCGUAAAGUUUAUGAUACAUUUUUGGCGGAGUUUCCUUUGUGUUAUGGUUACUGGAAGAAGUAUGCAGAUCAUGAGGCACGGAUUGGUUCUAUGGAUAAAGUUGUUGAGGUAUACGAGCGAGCAGUUCAAGGAGUGACAUAUUCUGUAGAUAUGUGGUUGCACUAUUGUGUAUUUGCCAUAAACACAUAUGGAGAUCCUGAAACAAUUAGAAGGUUGUUUGAAAGAGCAUUAGCCUAUGUUGGAACAGACUACCUAUCAUUUCCUUUGUGGGAUAAGUACCUCGAAUAUGAGUAUACACAACAAUCAUGGCCACAUGUUGCCACAAUUUACACACGGGUUCUGGAAAUUCCAAAUCAACAAUUGGAUCGCUACUUUGAAGGUUUCAAGGAGCUGGUUGCCAGUAGGCCACUAUCAGAAUUGCGUACUGAUGAAGAAAAGGAAGCAGCAGCAGUUGCUACUGGUUCUGAUACCACCAUUGUUGAACAAGUUGAAGGAGAGGUUCAUCCUACUACAGAGUCUUUGAAGCCUGCAAGUUCAAGCCUAAAGGAUGCAGAGGAGUUGGAGAAGUACAUCUCCAUUAGAGAAGAGAUCUAUAAGAAGGCCAAAGAGUUUGAUUCUAAGAUCAUCGGGUUUGAAACUGCCAUCAGGAGACCCUACUUCCAUGUUCGCCCCCUAAAUUCUGCAGAGCUCGAAAAUUGGCACAAUUAUCUUGAUUUCAUUGAAGGAAAUGAUGACUUCAAUAAGGUACUUGGGACUACUGUUAUACUGGGUGUUUUUCAGUUAUGUGGUUAGCUUUUUCCGUCCUCAUUUCGUAUUGACUAACAGUUAAGUAAUAGCUGCACCAUAUGAUUUAUCGGCUAAGUCAUCAGAUGAAGCAUCUUUAAAACGGGAUAUUGAACUUGGAUAACGCAGGAACCAUCCAAUUUGCUUUCUGUCUCUUAUCUUCCUAACCAUGUCAGUCAAGGACGGUCCCUCAUUGAUAAUAGAGGGGCCUCCAUGAUCCGCCCAACGGAGUUGUUAAACUGUAUGAGCGAUGCCUGAUUGCUUGUGCGAAUUAUCCUGAAUAUUGGAUAAGAUAUAUUUUGUGCAUGGAGGCUAGUGGAAGUAUGGAUCUUGCUGAUAAUGCCAUUGUUCGUGCAACUCAAGUUUUUGUGAAGAGACAACCUGAAAUCCACCUCUUUGCUGCCCGAUUUCGAGAACAGCAGGGUGAUAUUCCUGGAGCCCGAGCUGCAUAUCAACUUGUUCACUCUGAAAUUUCACCUGGGCUUUUGGAAGCAACUAUUAAACAUGCCAACAUGGAACAUCGACUUGGAAACCUUGAUGAUGCAUGUUCUCUAUAUGAGCAAGCUAUUGCAAUUGAAAAAGCAAAAGAACACUCACAAUCUUUACCUUUACUGUUUGCCCAGUACUCCCGGUUUCUUUACUUGGUUUCUGGCAAAGUGGAAAAAGCUAGAGAAAUCAUUGAUCAGGCAGUUGAAAAUGGAAACUUGUCUAAACCACUUCUUGAGGCAAUCAUCCAUUUAGAAUCAAUUCAGCCACAUACAAAGAGAAUCAAUUAUUUGGAUCCUCUAGUUGAUAGAUUCAUUGUUCCUACAAUUGAUGCAUCUACUGUUGCAAGCAUUGAUGAAAGAGAAGAGUUAUCAAGCAUUUAUUUGGAGUUUUUGGACCUUUUUGGGGACACAAAAACUAUCAAGAAAGCUGAUGAUCGACAUGCCAAGCUCUUCUUACGUAACAGAACAUCUUUAUUAGAGUCAAAGAAGCGUCAUGCAGAUGAUUAUCUGGCUUCUGACAAGACAAAGUUGGCUAAAGCUGGUACCCCAGUUGCUGCUGUAUCAGCAGUGGCAUCAUAUCCUGCUGCUGUGCAGAACCAGUGGCCUGCAGGUUACGGCAUACAGCCCCAAACUUGGCCACAAACAACUCAAGCUCAAGCUCAGCAGUGGAAUCCUGCCUAUACCCAACAAACGGCUGCAUAUAAUGCCUAUGGUAGCUACGGAAGUGCUUAUGGAGCUACGCAAGUACCUCCUACAUCAGUACCUCAAGCUGCGCCUUAUGGAGCUUAUCCUUCAACAUAUCCUACACAGAAUUAUGCGCAGCCUGCAGUUGCAGCAACUCUAACACCUGUGCAGCAGCCAGCGCCUGCAGCGGCUCCUCCUACAGCAGGAGCUGCUUAUUAUGGCAGUUACUAUUGAGGAGGGCAGAGUUUAGAAGUCAGAUUUUGAUGAAUCUCUGAAGAGUGUUGUUUUGGUGUGGUUCAGAGUGGAGUUGACCUGAUCUCUUAGGGAGUUAGGGACAUGAAAACUAGUACUCUACCAUUUUGUUCAUGGUGGAUGGGCGUUCCCUGUUGACAAUUGUAGUUUUUAAUGUUCUUAGUUUAUAUGUAAAAAAAUUGGCGCAUUACAUUUCUCUCUUUUGAUAUACGGAGUAUUUGUUAAUUUUGUGCCUUAUGUUUUGUUUAUGUACCCGAGGAUAUAUUAGCUAUCAUUUAAAGAAUUGGAGACUAUUAAUUUAGAAAUUGAUGGAUUAG